UUUCUGUCUUCGCAUAAUAAACCCCAAAUGAUAUAAAUUGUUGCGGAGCUUAGUUUUGGGCACAGUUUGUCUAAAGGCCUAUAGAUGGUUGGGGUUAAACUUUUGGUCUUAACUGCACUGGUGGCAGUAGCAGUAUCCUCACCACAUGGCCAUCAUGUCCACCACGGUGGCGGCGGGGGCCUGGGCGGCCUGGGCGGCCUGGGCGGCGGCGGGGGCGGCCUUGGUGGGUUAGUGGGCGGCGUGGUGGCUACGAAGGCCAACAUCGUGGGGCAGGUGGCGGGCGGAGCCACGGGACUCGUCAGUGGGAUCACUAGCAAUGUCCUCGGCGGCGGCGGUGGCGCCAAGCUAAGCAUCUAUGCAAAAUUCUCAACGGCAGUGACACCCACGGCAGACCCUGCUUCAGCGCUUCUGAAGUACCUGGGAGGACUAAGUUCUUGCAGCAACUACAACAACAGUUUCUCAGUGGCUCUGUAUGUCGGCAAAGCCCUGAGUCUCAUCGUUAAGGUCCAAUACAAAGCAUUUGGACUCUUCCUCGGAAGCCUGAUCACCGCCUUCGUGAAGAUCGCUGCUUGUGUACGCAUCCCUCUCGAUGGCAUUGCGCGUCCAUCCGGCGACGACUCGGUCUGCGGCCCCAACUUCGGCUCCAAAUGGGGCGUCCGUGGCUACACGGGCGGCUACGGGAUCGACGACGUCCAGAAAAUCAAGGGCUUCUAUAACGUCCACCACGCCGUGUCGGGCUUGAAGAAGACUUGCCACAGCUUCAAGGAACAGGAGAUGACCGGAACAGUGAAAAUCCUGUACCAAGUUGGAUUGAAACUGGCGACCAUUCUGGACCGACCAGUGAAGCAGUGGAACGCCGACACCUACUACCAGGGAGUCACAUACAUCGGCCUGGGUCUUGGAUCCGUGAUCGGAGGCUACAAGUCUGAAUAUGGAUACCAGAGCAUACAAGAACUGGUAGUCUACUGUCACCUCGGCUUCCAGAGCUCCGGAAUCAAGCUUUCAGGAGUGUCAUCAUCGGACGAUGUUGUGAAGAAGUACUGCGGCCAAGUCCAGGAAACCAUCAAACAGUCAAGCUACUGCGGCUUCAACGGCUCCAUCUCUGGUGGAAACGGAAACGGAGGCGGUAACGGAGGUGGAAACGGAAACGGAGGCGGUAACGGAAAUGGAGGUGGAAACGGAAACGGAGGCGGUAACGGAAACGGAGGCGGGCACGGAGGCGGAAACGUAGUUGGACACGGAAACGGAGGUGGAAAUGAUAGUGGAAACGGAGAAAACGGAAGUGGAAACGAUAGUGGAAGCGGAGAAAGCGGAGGUGGUCACGGUGGCACUACCGAAGGAACUACCAGCAGCAGCGAACACAAUAACCAGGGAAGCAGUGAGUCUCACUCGAAUAAUGGAAACCACCAACAGGGACACGGAAGCAAUGGAAACAAUAACAAUGGACACAAUAACAACAAUGGACAAGGAAACAACAAUGGAAACGGAAACAACGGUGGUCAAGGAAACAACAAUGGAAACGGAAACAACGGUGGUCAAGGAAACAACAAUGGAAACGGUAACAACGGUGGACACGAAAACAACGGUGGACACGGAAACAAUGGUGGACACGGAAACAACGGUGGACACGGAAACAACGGUGGAUCAAGCAACGGCCAGGGUACCUCCACCAGCACGGGGCAGGGAUCCACCUCAUCAUCCUCGAGUUCGUCCUCCAGCUCCACCUCGGUGUGGCACAGCACGUCCAGCAACAAGAACUGGAAGCGAGAGCUCACACAGAGUCGCAGGAACGGACGCUUCUUCAGGAUCUUCGCUUUCCUGAAGAGAUCCGUGAGCCGCUCCGUGCGCAACUCCGGCGUCAUCCUCAUUCGCCUGUCCCGUUUCCAGAUCACAAAGACCAUCAGUUCUCUGGCAGAUCUGUUCAUGGGAGUGUCUAAGGUGAUCAAGGGUUAUCUGGACAAUGUCUCUAAAGGAUACGGUAGCCUGUUCAGUAACAGCGUGGUGGUAUACCUCCGCACAAGGAUCUGCCGCAACAACGCGUCCAAGCACCCGAUCUGCCACCCGCAGUACGGCGGCUACUUCGGCAUCAGGCGCUACAGGGGCAGCUGGGCUGACACCAAGAAGGUGUAUUCCUUCUACCAAGUGCAAAACGCACACCGCAGACUCCAGGCUCACGUUAAGAAGUGCAAUCAGAACGGAGUACAGAAACUGGUCAACGCGCAAGCUCUGAAGGUUACACAAAUUCUGAACAAGUCUCCUAACGAUUGGACUGACAAAGACACUCAAGACGUACUUGCCAGUGUGGCUUCAAUUAUGGGUAUCAUCAGUGAAUCUUUCCAAAAAGGAAGUGGAUCUCAAGUUGCUUACAAACUGCUGUACACGUCCGACGUAGCGUUCAACAACAAAUCAAUGACCUCAAGAUGCAAAUCAGUCAAAUCAACCAUCAAGCAAGUGAACUCAUACUCGUUCUACAGCUUCGGAGGAUCUUUGAAAAAAUGCAGCAAGCAAGACAACUCACUGUGGAUCAAGUUCUUCUUGCACAAGCAACAAAGCAGCCAGGGCAGCCAAGGAAACAACCAACAAAACACACAGAAUACACAAAGCAACACGCAAAACCAAGGAAGUAAUUCAAAUGAAAGUGAUGAGUCAUACACCCAAUCUGGUAGUAGCAGUAACAGUAACACGGUAACAAACCAAUCGCAAUCUACCAACUCGCAAUCUACACAAGACACUAAUAAUCAAUAUAGCCAGAAUGGUAACAACCAAAACAAUAACAAUAAUAAUGAUGAUAAUGAUGACAAUGACUCCGACAACGAUAAUGAAGACGACGAUGACGAUUUUUACUACAUCUUCUACCAAGACAACUCAAACACAAAUAGCGGAUCACAAGGAUCAGGUACCACAAGCCAGACCACCAGUAAUCAAGGUAGUCAAGGGACCACUUCUGGACAACAGACUACACAAACCACCAGUAACCAAGGUAGCCAAGGGACCACUUCUGGACAACAGACUACACAAACCACCAGUAACCAAGGUAGCCAAGGGACCACUUCUGGACAACAAACUACAGUGACCAACAGUAACCAAGGUACCCAAGGGACCACUUCUGGGCAACAGACUACCCCCUCGAGCACAAGCGCUGGUGGUGACGAGGACAUAAGUGAUGAAAGCGACGAAAGUGAUGAAUCAGAAGAAAACGAUGAUGGUUCAGACUCAGGAAACGAUGGUUCAGACUCAGGAAACGAUGGUUCAAACUCAGGAAACGGUGGCACUCAGACCACAACUUCUACCUCACAUAACAGUAAUGGAUCAAAUACUGUGACCGAGGGAUCGCAAUCUUCAAGCCAAGGUAAUACACAGCAAACUGAAUCAACCACCACAAAUGGUCAAAACGGAUCAAAUGCAAAUGGUCAAAACGGAUCAAACACAGAUGAUCAAAACGGAUCAAACACAAAUGGUCAAACUGGAUCAAACACAGGUGGUCAAACCGGAUCAAACACAGGUGGUCAAACCGGAUCAAACACUAAUGAUCAAACCGGAUCAAACACAAAUGAUCAAAACGGAUCAAACACAAAUGAUCAAACCGGAUCAAACUCAGGUGGUCAAACUGGAUCAAGCGACACAAAUGAUCAGACCGAUUCUAACGACGACUACUCCACUACAUCAGGUCAAGACAAUGAUAACAACAAUGACUACAGCAAUCAAAACAGCUCAGGUUCGAGCGCCGCAUCCCAAGCAACUCAGUCAGGUAGUGACACAAGUGGUAGCUCUGCGAGUUCAAGCUCCUACGGCACUGCCACUGGUCAGAACACUGCAACCUCAAGCCACGCCUCUUCCAACACAAACUCCCAGGGGGCUCAGGGAAGCGCAAACAGUGCAAGCUCAGCAACUUCAAACAAUGGAAGUUACAACAAUAGCCACUCGCAAUCAGGAGCAGGAAGCAGUGGCGGUUCAGGCUCCAGCAGUGGCGGUUCAGGCUCCAGCACUGGCAGUACAGGCUCCAGCAGUGGCGGUUCAGGCUCCAGCACUGGCAGUACAGGCUCCAGCAGUGGCGGUUCAGGCUCCAGCAGUGGCUACACGCAAUCAGGAAGCAACCAAACAGGCCAGGGAAGCAGUGGAAAUUCUCACUCACAACAAAACAACGGCCAAACAGGCCAUGCAAGCAAUGGAGGUUCAGGCGGUUCAUCAGGCUCUACUGGAGGCAGUGGCAGUUCAGGCUCUACCGGAGGCCAAAACGGUUCAUCAGGCUCUACUGGAAGCCAAAACGGUUCAUCGGGCUCUACUGGAAGCCAAAACGGUUCAUCAGGCUCUACUGGAAGCCAAAACGGUUCAUGGGGCUCUACUGGAAGCCAAAACGGUUCAUCAGGCUCUACUGGAAGCCAAAACGGUUCAUCAGGCUCUACUGGAAGCCAAAACGGUUCAUCAGACUCUACUGGAAGCCAUGGCGGUUCAGGCUCUAACGGAAACAACGGAACAAGUGGCCAAGGAAACCAAACCGGAGGCAACAACGGCAAUGACCGCGUCCAAAAGUACAGCAAGAAAACCAGUGCCUCAUCAGCAAGUAGCGCCUCAGCCAGUAAAAACGAAGAAGAGUCGUCAAUGACCAGCGCCGAUGGCAGCACUGUCACCAGCAAAAAAUCCGAGGAGAAGAACGCAGCUGCGUCAGCGCAAAAGAGACAAACUGAAGAGUCGCAAUACGUUAAAGACGGUAACACCACAAAGUCUGUCAAAAGGAAGUCCUCGUCUAGCAAAACUGAAUCUUCCAGCAGUGACUUCCAAAACGAAGAAUACACUUACACAAGUGGACGUUAAUGAUACCGACAACCGAUAAACUAUUUGGACGACCACUUAGUUCCAAGUUUAACUGCCAAAAUCGAAGAUAAUUUAUAGUAUCAAUCAAGUCAACCUUUAUUGUGACCCACCGUAAUAAGAUGCAGUUAAAUUUUAUGUCAUAAGCGGUGUCCAAUGACCAUAUUUUUGUGAAUAAGGAUAAAUGAUAACAUUUUCAAUUUUUUAGUUUGAAUAAAGCAAAAUAGUUUCUGUAAA